AUGGUGAAAAACCUGACGAUAUUGAUGUUGGUAUCCCGUGACUUUAUCCACGUUACGGUGGAGAAGGCUGAUGUUGGGAAAUAUACUCAGUAUAAGAACGCAGAUUCUUCCAUCAGUUACAACAUCACCACAACAUACAAAUCACCUUUCAAUCAACCAUCUACUCCAUCCAACCUCUGCUUCACAGCCGUUCCCAACCAUACAGGACCAGACCCUUUCAACAACGGUCACGAAAUCCCUGUCCUUCAAAUCGAUAUCGUAGCCCGGACUAAACAAAAAUACACCAUCCGAAUCCAAUUACAAUGUCUCAACGAGUCCGAUCAAGUCAAGAAGCUCAAGAACAAUUCCAAUGUCAAAGAUUACUACAAGUACAAAGAAUCAUAUAGAUUGCUAGGCGAGAAUAAGGACGUCAAGGACUUCUUGAAAGCUCGAAAUGCAAAGGCCAAUGAUAAGAACGAUGAACGUAGCAAAAAGAUCGUCGAAAGACUUGGGGAUACCGCCGAUGUAGUAGCCUAUCUCAAACCAUACGAUAAAGUCGGAAAGCUCGCUGGCGACAAAGACUUCAAGGCAUAUCGCGGGGCCGAACAAGUUAGAAAACUUAUGAUGGCCAGUGAGGAGGUAUUGGAGUGGAAGCGAGCACUGGCCGCAGCAAAGGUCAUAAAAGAGGCAGGCUUUAAACCUGUAACAUUGCCGGUGAGAGGAGCGAGAAAUACCACGACGGGUGGGAUUGGUUCGAGUGGGAAUAAGAAGAUUGAGAGUGACUCGGAUAGUGACGUGGGGGUAUUUAAGAUGGAUAAAUUACCAAAGAAAACUAAGACGCUCGAACGUCCAACAGCCGAAAAGACAGAUGGAAAGGGAAAGACGGGAAGAAAAGAGGAAUCGGGUCAAUCUACAAAGACUCAUAAGGAGACUGCGGGAGAUAAAUCUGGAUCUACUUCGACUCCACCUAGCCAGGGCAAAGGAGAGGUACCUCACCGUCGUAGUCGCAGUCGCGACAUUAAACGUACAGCACCCUAG